UUGCUUUUGCCUUUGUAUUUUCUUUCUUGUCAUUUUACGAUUAUUAGUGAAGUCUAUUGUGUAGUCAGCUGCAUUGUUUGUUAUUGUAAAAUAAUAAAUAGUACUAUAGACGUAUUAUAACUGUCCGCGAGUGGCGUGUAACGUGUUAACACAAUAAUAUUUGUGUUAAACAAAAUAUCCACUGAAUCCUUGAAAUAGGAUUUUGUUGAAGUGUGAUCAUUUAAAUUUGGUGCGAUUCGCAGUGGUUCGCGACUAUUCUAUUGAACUUGAGAAAAUCCAGUAAAUUAAUGUACGUUCCCGUUUCACUCAAAUUUCGCUGUUUCUGCUCACUGCCAGUCUGAAUGUAGAACGAUGGACGACGAAAACUCGCUGUAAUGACUUGAAACCCUCGCAACAGUUUAUAUUUAAGUCAAAGAUCUCGAUAAUUUAAGCAUAAAUGUUCAUAAAUAUAUAAAUAUAAAGAUAUUUCCAAAAUGCCUGCGAUUUUGACAAAGAUCAGAGAACAGGCCUCGAGGGUACAGCCCUCGAUAGCUUUAGGAGUGGGGGUGGGGGUAGCACUAGCCGCCUGCGCAGUCUAUGGUACCAGAGACAAGAAGCACGCACCUCCUUGCAACAACAAUAAUAAUUAUAAGGUUGCUAAAAACGGCAAACUCCACAACGUGGACAAUGGCACGGCUAAUGGCGACACGUGCGGCGGCCGGUGCGGGGCCGAGCAGUGCGCGCUGUGCAGGGGAGACGCCGACACAGACAACAAACAGAACAUUGAGGACGCAGAUGAGACCCAAUCGGUAGAAGAACACAUCCCAGGUCUGAACCUGGAGUUCAUCCGACAGCUGAUCUCCCUCGCUCGCAUCAUGGUGCCAGGAGUCAGGAGUCACGAGGUCGCCUUACUGUCUGCACAUACCCUGUGUCUCUUCACCAGGACCUUCCUGUCUAUUUAUGUGGCUUCCUUGGAAGGGUCCAUUGUAAAACACAUAGUCCAAAAAGACAUGCGUCGGUUCGCGAUGCUGCUACUCCAGUGGUUCGGGAUAGCAGUUCCAGCGACCUUCAUCAAUUCCAUGAUCAGGUACCUGGAGAGCAGACUGGCUCUGGCCUUCAGGACCCGGCUGGUGAACCAUGCUUACGAGCUCUACUUCAAGAACCAGACGUACUACAGGGUCGCCAAUUUAGAUGCUAGGAUUGAAAAUGCUGAUCAUAGGUUAACAGAAGACGUGUCAGUGUUCACGCAGUCGGUGGCGCACCUGUACAGCUCGCUGACGAAGCCCUGCUUCGACCUGCUCCUCAUCGUGCUCACCCUCGCCACCUACUCCAACAAGAUGAAGGGCAAUAUAUUUAUUGGUCCCAGCAUAGCCACACUAGUAAUCUGCAUGACGGGCCAGCUGUUGCGACUGUUGAGUCCAAAGUUCGGUGCCCUGGCCGGUGAGGAGGCACGAAUGAAGGCCAACUUGAGGCAUGUCCACGCCAGACUCAUUGCCCACGCCGAGGAGGUCGCCUUCUAUGGUGGACAUAAGGUGGAGCUAGGCCAGCUCCAGGCCGCCUACAAGGAGCUGGUGGCCCAGAUGACGUCGGUGUUCAACAAGAAGCUGUGGUACGUGAUGCUGGAGCAGUUCUGCAUGAAGUACGUCUGGUCCGGCACCGGCAUGGUCAUGUUGGCGCUACCUAUACUCACGGCUUCGCACUCGCAGAGAGACGGAAGCAGUAUAAGUGACCGCGCUGAAUACAUGACCACAUCCAGGAACCUGCUGAACUCGGCCGCCGACGCCAUCGAGAGGCUCAUGUCCAGUUACAAGGAGAUAGUGACGCUGGCGGGGUACGCGACGCGCGUGUCGGACAUGUUGGUGGUGUUCCGCGAGGUGGCGCGCGGGCGCUGCGUGCGCGCCGUGCACGUACAGCCCCACGCUGCAUUCCAGGUCACGUUCAAGGACAACACGCCCGUGCCAGAGGGUAAAAUAGUAUACACGUCGGACCUGUCGAUCAAGCUGCGCAACGUGCCGAUAGUGACGCCGGCGUGCGACGUGGUGGCGGCCGGGGUCUGCCUCGACAUCGCGCCCGGCACGCAUCUGCUCAUCGUCGGACCCAACGGCUGCGGGAAGUCCAGCUUGUUCCGUAUAAUAUCAGGCCUGUGGCCCGUGUUCGGCGGCGAGCUGCACGUGCCGCGUCCCUGCGCGUGCGCACACUGCGCCGACGACUGCAGCCAGCCCGACACCGGCUUCUGUACCUCGCGCCCCAUCAUGUUCUACAUCCCGCAGAGGCCGUACAUGUCGCAGGGCUCCCUGAUCGACCAGGUGACGUACCCGUCCCGCGCGCGGCCGGGCGACGAGGCGGCCCAGUCCCGCGCCGCGCAUAUACUGAAGCUGGUACGACUCGACGCGUGCGCGGCGCGGCACGGCGGGCUGUGGGCCGUGCGGGACUGGCGGGCCACGCUCUCCGGCGGGGAGAAGCAGCGCAUGGCCAUGGCCAGGAUGUUCUACCACAGGCCGGUGUACGCGUUGCUGGACGAGUGUACGAGCGCGGUGUCGAUGGAGACGGAGGUGGUGAUGUACGAGGAGGCCGUCAAGGAGGGCAUCACGCUGCUCUCCAUCACGCACAGGCCCAGCGUCUGGAAAUACCACACCCACGUCCUAGAGUUCGACGGCUGCGGGAACUGGUCGUACCGGCCCCUGGACAAGGACACCACGGUGACCACGGCGCUGCCGUCCAUCACGCCGGCCAUUGCACCACCACCACCACCACAUAGUACCACCACUGAGGAACAGCCACCAGAACACUGACACCACCCAUGGUGAUUAUUUCUAUAAUAACUAUCGUGACACAUACAGUAUAACGGGGUGAAUAGGGACCGAUAGGUGAAUAGUCAGAAGAGGGGUAAAUAGAUAGUAUGAAGAAUUUCCCUAUACCUAUUCACCUCUCUUCUGUCCCUAUUCACCUCUCGAUCCCUAUUCACCCCGUUUUACGGUACUACAUUAAUUAAAAAUGCUGUAAAUUUAUUGAGUAACGCUCUACUAGUUUCGAGUCACAGAGGGACUCUUGCUUAUAAACUGAAACUGGUUGAGCUUUUCUCAAUUUUUUAAUCGACAUUUUUAAUUAAUGUUAAUUAUUAUUAAAAUAGUAUUUAAAAAGACUCGUGUGAGAACUGGUUUUUUGUUUAACCGACUGUUACUGAAAGUGGGGUUCUGUGUUUUCUGUCUAUGUAUGAGCUUUUUGUUCAGACAAUGUGAUUUUGGAAAUGCAACUUAAAUUGCAAUACCAUAAGGUUGUAAUUACAAUGGGCGAAGACACAAGGGAUUUUAGAAAAGAAAAAUAUUUGAAAUGUUACAAUAAAGUUGAAAUUAAAGUAAUACGUAUCGUAAGUACAAUAUAAAAACGGUACGUUAUUGAAAUUUCAACUCUAUUGUAACGGAUUUAAGGUAUAUUUCUCUUUGGCUUAAGAUUCCAAAACAGAUUUUCAUACGAUUUUAAAACAAGGGAUAGUUUAUUAAGUUUUAAAACAUGAUAGAAAUGAGACCGUGCUACGGUUAGAUGGCUAGAUAUACUAAAAAUUGAAGAAAAGAGAAAGUGGUAGUUUCAGAAGGAAAUAUCCCUCUAAAACUACUACUUUCUUCUUUCUCCCAACUUCUAGAAAACAUAAAAGUAAUGCAAUCUUCUAUUUAAAAUAAUAUCUUCUAGCAUAAUUCAAUCUUGACCAAUAUCUAAGCUACGUGCAUUUCAUUUCAAACUCUAUGCCAAUAGCAUAAGUAACAUUUUACUCUGUCGUGUAAUUUUAUCGUUAAUAUUUUUAAUCUGAGUAUUGGCUAGUGAUAUGACCAUUAUAGAAAAUCUACUUUUAGCUUGUUGAUUAUCAAACUGUACGAUAUAUAGGGGUUGUCAUGGUAACAAGAAACAUUUCCUAAAGGUAAGCGUCCACAGGCCCGCAUCGUACGCAUCGCACGCAUUCCGUAUGACGUCAUCAGCACGCAUCGCAUGUAGGCAUUGCUGAUGAUGCGGUCCGUACGAUGCGGAUCAGUGGACGCAGUUGUAUGAGUUUCUAUACAAGACAAACUAAAAUCCGUUGCGUGCGAUGCGUACGAUGCGAGUCUGUGGACGCGUACCUUUAACCGUGUUUUUAGCCUGUAUAAUGUAUAUCCUACUUAAAAAAAGGAAAAUUUAAAGUCCAUAAUUCAAGUUUUAAAUCUUCAAUCUUUUGUAGAUUAUUCUUUUUUGAUUAAAACCUAAAGUAGCUGUCUAGUAACUAAGUAUUAUCGACCAAACGCAGACCACGUAAAGUUUAAAAUAGCAUGUAGUUACACUUCAAUAGUUUAAGGCCACGAUUUUCUACAUUUUUGGCACUUAUGAGUAGAAAUAAAAAUCGUAAUGAUGCUAGAUUUUUCCGGGCCCAAUAUAUAUUACAAAUCUAUGAAAAUUCUUAUGAAAAUAAUCUUGUGUCAAUCUUGUAGUAUUAGGAAUUUCCCAUUUUGCAUGAAUACCUAUUAAAAAAGAAAUAUGGUAGCUACUCUCAAUGUAAAAUAAACUUUAAAAAUUCAUGAUAAGGUAUAAAAUAUCGCAUGAAAAUUACUCUCUUACUAUUCAAGCUAUUUUGAACGUUAUUUCAUUACAAACAACGCUUAUUAUACAUUGUCAUUUAUUCUGUAUUCAGCCAUGUUGAAUUUAUUUUGACAGCUGUCAAAAUUUUUCAAUAUGGCGGCAACAUUGAAACUGAAUGUUUUUGGUUAAAUUGUUUAGAAAAUGCAUGGGUAACUAAAAUUUCAAGGUUUUUAUGUACCUUAUAGUAUGUUUUAUGUGAAAAUGAUAUAACUUUUGUGUUUUUGCAGACUGAAAGCUAAGCUAAGUCCUUUUUAUAACAAUGUCUAUGUAACUAAGUUUUGCUUUAGCUAGCGUUGAUCACAAGCUAAAGAAGACAUCAUAGCUUUAGCUUUAGUCUGCAAAAAAUAAUAUUAAGAGUAUGAUCAUAUUUUAAAAAGUUCGCUACAGGAAAAAUGUGUCACAAAAACAUAAAUGUAUAUAGACUCAAAUCUGGUAUUAAAAGUAAAACUAAAGUACAUUGACCUCUUCUAAAUGUGAUCAUAUUAAUAUUAUCUCUAUUUCCUACGUCAUAGAAUUCAAAAUGAGAAAUUGAUUAUUAAUUUUCCACCAUCUUGUUUAUAGUAAAUCUUCCAAUAUGUAUUAAAAUUAGACAAUCCUAAUAUUUUUAAACCUGUUACAUGUUAGUUUAGUUAUAAAUAUUGAGCUCAACAAUUGAAAAUAACUGUUUAAAAUGAGUAUUUUGAAAAUAUUUUAAUUAUUUAAAUAGGUCGACAUCGAGUGAAUAUACUUUUCUUAAUUAUUGUGAUAUCUUUAUUUACCAUGAGAUUUAAAAAUGUGAUUUGUGUAUAUGUAUUACAUGUUAAAAUAGGCAUCCUUGAGAUUACACAAAACAUACAUUCCUACAUUGAGAUUAUAAAAAAAAACAAAGAAAUUAAUACUACAAACAUGUAUUUCUAGCAUGCGAUGUGCAGCAGAGGUGCAACACAACAAUAUACUCACGACACGUGAAAUCAGUGUUUUGUGGCGUGUCGUAUGUGUUUUUGUGUGUAUUGUUAGUGUACUAUCAGUCGUAUAUAAUUAACCUAUUUACAAAAUAACAUAAUAAUGUAAAAAGUUUAAACAAUUACGCUGUUUUCAAUGAAGUUUGCAUCAGACAAAAAUAUUUCAAUUAAAAUAAAAUGUUGGAUCGUAUAAUCAAUUAAUUAAGAUGGAUGACGAAAUAAAACAUAGUCAUUGUAUAUUUAUAUCAAAUAUGUUACCUCGAUGUCGAUCUGUUUAUAAAAUUGAAAGUUAAAACAAUAACAAAACAAUAGUUACUGGUAUUUAGUUUUUUAAUUUAGCUUGUAAGGUUCUAAUUUGUGCUUCGUGGGUUAUUUUUGGAGUAUUGUGUAUGUAAAGGGAUAAAAUUAGGAUGGAGAAACAUAAUUUCUUUUCUUUAUUUAAAAAUAAAACGAAGCCUCUCAUUACGAUGUUUCUCCUGUAUCGUGGGUGCGUUUACAAGCAAACAAGUUCAUAUACACAUGACACCCAGAUCCGGAACAUCAAUUUGUGGAUCACAGAAAGUUGCUUCGUGCGGAAAUCGAACCCGCUACACGUUGCGCGGCAGCCACCGCGCCAACCGUGCAUGCAGUCAUAAUUAUUAUGUUAUAGAAAAUUGUAUACUAUAAAUGUGAAAUUUUAAAUACAUAGUUGAGUGACAGAUCCUUCUUCUUGUCGUUCGAAAGUUUCUUAUCCAGACAUGACAGAGGUAUAUAAAAACGUAUAUACACAUACAUAACUACUCCAAAAUUCACUCACAUAUAAAUUAGAGUCUUAUGUCUUAUAACAAAAUACCUAAUGAAUUUUUCUUUUUAUAUUUUUUGUGAGAUUAUGAAUCAUGGCUGUUUUUUUAUUUUAUUUUUUGGAAAUGUUUAUUUUUUUAAUUUGUAAGUGUAAACAUAUCGGAAUUGUUAAGGACAUUAUAAUUGUAUUUAUUUGGUAAUUUAGUGUGUACAUUGUAAAUAUGAUAGUUGUAUGUUACGGAGGUUAUUCAGGGAGGUAGAUGAGAAAUAAAGUGGGUUUUAUAUGAA